GGCAGCCGCCAAAGCCGCCCCAACUGCAGCAUAGAGCGGGCAAGGCCGGGCAGGCCAUGGGGCACUGGGCGCUGCUGCCUGGCUGGGUUUCUGCUGCGUUGUUGCUGGCGCUGGCCGCUCUGCCUGCAGCCCUGGCCGCCAACAGCAGUGGCCGAUGGUGGGGCAUCGUGAACGUAGCCUCCUCUACGAACCUGCUGACCGACUCCAAGAGUCUGCAGCUGGUACUCGAGCCCAGUCUGCAGCUGCUGAGCCGCAAACAGCGGCGGCUGAUCCGCCAGAACCCGGGGAUCCUGCACAGUGUGAGCGGGGGGCUGCAGAGCGCUGUGCGAGAGUGCAAGUGGCAGUUCCGGAACCGCCGCUGGAACUGUCCCACGGCUUCGGGGCCCCACCUCUUCGGCAAGAUCGUCAACCGAGGCUGUCGGGAAACAGCAUUUAUCUUCGCCAUCACCUCGGCCGGGGUCACACACUCGGUGGCGCGUUCCUGCUCAGAGGGCUCCAUCGAAUCCUGCACGUGCGACUAUCGGCGGCGCGGUCCUGGGGGCCCCGAUUGGCACUGGGGGGGCUGCAGCGACAACAUCGACUUCGGCCGCCUCUUCGGCCGGGAGUUUGUGGACUCCGGAGAGAAGGGGCGGGACCUUCGCUUCCUCAUGAACCUUCACAACAAUGAGGCGGGGCGCACGACCGUGUUCUCCGAGAUGCGCCAGGAGUGCAAGUGCCACGGGAUGUCGGGCUCAUGCACGGUGCGCACGUGCUGGAUGCGGCUGCCCACGCUGCGCGCAGUGGGCGACGUGCUGCGGGACCGCUUCGACGGCGCCUCGCGCGUCCUCUACGGCAACCGCGGCAACAACCGUGCAUCGCGGGCGGAACUGCUGCGCCUGGAGCCGGAGGACCCGGCUCACAAGCCUCCCUCGCCCCACGACCUCGUCUACUUCGAGAAAUCGCCCAACUUCUGCACGUACAGCGGACGCCUGGGUACCGCGGGCACGGCGGGGCGCGCCUGCAAUAGCUCGUCGCCCGCGCUGGAUGGCUGCGAGCUGCUCUGCUGUGGCCGGGGCCACCGCACGCGCACGCAGCGCGUCACCGAGCGCUGCAAUUGCACCUUCCACUGGUGCUGCCACGUCAGCUGCCGCAACUGCACGCACACGCGCGUACUGCACGAGUGCCUGUGA